AUAUGGGCAUUUCCACGGUAAUAGGGUACUUCUGUGUGUGAAAGAAUAAAGCGCUUACAGAAAAAUUAAAUAAAUAUCCUGUGGCUUUCUGUGUUUUUAUUUUCAUUGUUGAUGGUAUAAAGAAAUAAAAAAGACAAUUCCAUGCACUAAUAAUGUCAUUUGGUUGUGUUGUCCUCUUUUCUUUAAUGAUUAUUAUUAAAAAUUCCAAAGUACAAUCAGUAAUUGUUGAGUGGUGUGAUUUUGAGGGUGAUGCAAAUAAAAAUUCUAAAAAGAAAUUGAUGUUUCAUGUUUUGAAAAGAGAUUUUGAUGCGGGUGGAUUACGGCAUUGAUCAUAGUUACGGCGAUUGAGCUUUAAAGAGAGAGAGUGAGAGAGUUGAAAAUUACAUUGGCUGAAUGAGAGAUUCUGUCCACCUGUGUUACGUACGUUCAGAGUGAAUUUUCCCACAAUUAUUAGUUGUGUCACCCAACAGUUUUAUGUGCUUUGCAACUCUUUUGAUGAAGGUUGAAAUGUAGACCAAGAAAAAAAUCGUCAAAAUAAACGCAAAUAGAGAUAAAAUCUAUUCAAAAUUUGGAGUGCAAUAUUCGGUCCAACUCACGAACGUACGUAACAACUAAAAAAACGGACCGUGGCGUCCGCGAAUAUGACGCAUGGAUAAUCCACGUAUCAGUCAAGUGAACCAAGGCACUGCAACGUUUGAUUGUACUUGCAAUCCAUGCGCUGACUUCUACAAUCGCGGGGCCGUGUAGCUAGCUUCUGUCCAGUUUGUGCGUACGUUCACGGUUGCUGGUAGUUAGAACGACACGUACGCACGAUGGACAGAAAUGCUAUUCGGUCUUAUUUACGUACGUUUUUUCGCGGGGUUUCGUGAGCAGCAGACGACAUCCGAUCGUAAUCAUUGGAGUAUCAACUCAACAUUAGAUUAGAUCUAGGCUUUGAAAAUCGUGGAAUGGUGCAACCGCAACCCAAUUUAGCUGCAGAUGAUACCCAGAAUGAUGUGAUGACCACCAGACCAACUGGAGAUGAUACCCAGAAUGAUGUGGAGAUCACCGCCGACAGACCAGUGGCAGAUGUUCACCAAGCAGCCGAUGAGUACCAAUGUGGAGACUUUGUAUUGGUCAAUAUAUCAGUCGGCAAACGUGGAAAAAUUCUGGAAUACGUUGGAGAAGUGAAAGAUGUUGUGGGAGAAGAUCUUGUCAUCAAGUACAUGGCCAAGUCGGAGUCUCAUCCGGGGCUAUUUAUAUGGCCAGCACGUGAGGAUGUGUCUCAGGAAUGUAGAAAACAGAUAGUGAAGAAAAUGCCUAACCCUGUCCUUCGGGAAGACAUCAGCAGCACUAGAUUACAAUUUUUCACCUUUGCAGAACUCUCCCCAGAAUCAUGACUUGCUCCAUACAAUUUAUGAAUGUCUUAUUACUCAUAGAUUGGUUAAUAAUGAAUCAAGUCAUUCCAACUUCUUCAGAGAACUUGUGUAAAGUCCAGCACACCCGAUAUCGUCCCAAACCAUCGGUUUUAAAAUCCUUACAAUAUUCUCUGACUCUCGUGUAAGAGGAAAACCUAGAACUGCGUGUAUUGAUGUUAAAAAGGAGACAUGAUUAAAUGGCUGGAUCGUGCUAAUUUAUUGUUCUCACGUUGUACUUCAGUAAGGUUUUAAUCACCUCAAUAGACUUGUGUGUUAUGAAAACAAAUAAAAUUCAUGGAAAAUUGGCACAAAGACACAAUUAUUUACUGAAAAUAUUUAAUGAAUGCUCAAUUGAAUUGAUGCAUUAUAAUAUGCAAAAUAACCCAUUGAGUAUGCAGUGUCAAAUCUUUUUUGAAUUUCAGAUCUGAAUUACAUCAAAAUGAUUGUUAUAAAUACAUGUAUUUGAUUUGAACUUACUUGAAAUGAAUGAUCAUAAUUUUGAGCAAAAAUAGAAUUAAAUAGAGCAUUUAUGAAAAAUGAAGAAAUAUAAAAGGUAAAUAUCAUACACAUUGUAGUUAGCAGAUAAAAGAACUCUAGAAUAAAAGCAUACAAAUCCUGUAUAGACAAUUUGUAAUUAACGACAUGAUGUUUGUGAAAUAUCAAUGAAUAGUGUUUGCCUUUUAUUCUAUAUUGUGUCAACUACUUUCCCAGUCUUGAUGGGAAUUGAUUACAAGCUAAUGCUUACAUGUAGUGAAAUGCAUGCUCAAUUGUUUAACAGUCUGUUAUUAUUGGGCUCUGUGUCCGAGACACAUUUUGGCUACUGACUAUUAAAGACCUAGACUACUUUUAAAUUUGUAUAUAAGGUUUUGUGAAAUUUCAAUUUCAAUGAAAUGAUUAGUGUUUGCCUUUUAUUCUAUAUUGUGCCAACUUCUUUCCAUGUGACUAUAGUUACUAUCUUAUCAUUUUUUAAAUUUGAAUUUGCAAUUCAGGUGUUCAUAAUUGUAUAAAUUUAUAUAAAUGGUUCAUCCAUGGACAAUUUAAGUUGUA